AUGCAUUCUUGCUCUCGGGCUUCUGCGUGUACUAGCAGCAAACGAAGGAAAGGCACACCUGGGUUAGUUGCAGUAGUUGUUAGUAAAACUUACCCUUGUCAAUUAAAACCACCAACUCCUAGAGAUAUCAUGGCUUUGGUUCAAACUAGAGGUUGUCUGGAGGUAUCAUACUCUACGGCAUGGAGAGGCAGACAGAAAACUAUAAGUUUUGGUCGUGGUACUCCAGAAGAGAGUUUCGAGCAUCUGCAUUCGUAUUUGUACAUGCUAGAGCAGUCUAAUCCUGGUACGACAUCAAGUGUUGAAGUGGAUGAAUUAGGAAGAUUCAAGUACCUAUUUGUCGCUCUGGGUCCUACCAUUGAAGGGUUUGCAGCAAUGAGAAAAGUGAUAAUUGUUGAUGCAAAUUUUUUGAAGAAUGGAUUUGGUGGAUGCCUUGUAUUUACAACAGCUCAGGAUGCGAAUCAUCACCAUUGUCCCCUUUCUUUUGGGAUAGUUGAUGGGGAGAAGAAUGAUAGUUGGAACUGGUUCUUUACUAACCUUAAAACCCGUAUACCUGACAGUUCUGAAUUGGUGUUUGUUUCAGACAAGAAUGUACGCCUGAUCAAUGCAAUAAAGGAGUACCCGCAAGCUAAACACGAGAAAAGAUUUAGUUGUAGCCAAGUUCAUGGAAGUUGCGAGGAAGUAUAUACAGAGGCUGAGUUUCUUGAGGCUUAUGGUCAACUGGGAGAAAGGUAUUCGGAUGCAAUUACGUAUUUAAGUAGUAGUUUGCAUGAGGAAAAAUGGGCAAGGUGCUAUUUUCCGGGAGAAAGGUACAACAUCGACACUAGUAACUGUGUAGAGUCUAUGAACAGCAUUUUUAAGGAUGCGAGGAAGUAUGCUAUAUUACCUAUGAUGGAUGCUAUCUUGGCAAAGUCCCUAAAUGUGACUGAGCUGAACUCGUUUCUGCUUGAAUACGCUGUGAUCGGUGGAGAUGGGAACACUUAUCUGGUGAACUUGAGAACCAAGUUUUGUUCAUGCAGACGUUUUGAUAUAGACAGAUAUCGUUACGUCCAUGCACUUGCCGCAGUGAGGAUUUCUAUGGCCAAGGAAGAUAGAAGUGAGGACAUCCACUCGCAUGAUUUGUGCUCGAAGUAUUAUACUAGUGCUGUGUGGACACUUGCAUAUACCAGGGCGGUAUACCCUGUUCCUCAUUGUUCACAAUGGGUAAUUCCAGAUGAUAUCAAAAAGAAGAUUGCCCCAAAACCACCUGAGGUCCCAAAAAAACCUGAAAGAAGGCAACAGAGAAGAUUUUCAUCGGUUAGAGAGUGUGGGCCAAGACCAAUUAAUAAGCGUAAGAAAAGGCAGGGUAAUACUCAGGAUGGAGUCGGGAAUGCGCAUGGACAUACUCAGGGGAAUGAAGGCUGGGAUGCCAGUAAUCCUGAGGUGAAUGCGCAUGGUAAUACUCAGGGAAAUGAAGGCUAG